AUGGAAAGCUCUAACCCAACAAAAUAAAAGAAAUUCGUGAUAAGUACAGCAGAUUCCAGAUACAUAAAGCCUCUUCUUCAAAAACUUAUUGAGGAGAAUGAGUCUAAAGGCUGGAAAGAGACCUUAUCAAAAGAAAAGUUUGAUUUGAAAUGGGUAUCUGCAGGGAUCACUGAUGAAGAAUUGCUUAAGAUAUUAAGUGAAAAAAAGCAAAUGGCAAACAGAUUCCCAGGAAUUUAGGGACUUGCUCAUAAAGACAUGUAUAUUAGCUUAAUGAAAAUUGGCUUGACUCUUGAUGAGGCUCUUUAUGAUUUCGUCCCUACCUAGUUUAACUUUCCUCAAGAUGCAAAUAAAUUCAAUGAGUAUCAUAAAACUCAUUAGAACUAAGUUUUCAUUGCAAAGCCAGUUGCAUCUGCUGAAGGAAAUAGCAUUGUUCUAUUUUAAUCGUAAAUUAUUGAAUAUUACAAGAUGGAUACAAGUUUGAUCUUAGAGUGUAUGUAGUCAUAACAAGAACAUCACCUUUAUAAGCUUUUGUUUGCAAUGAAGGGCUUGCUAGAUUUUGCACAGUAAUAAUCAAUCCAUUGUUAAUAAGUUUAGGAAAAAUAUGAGAAACCAACAAGAGAAAACUUUAAAAAAUUCUUUAUGCAUUUGACUAACUAUUCAAUCAACAAACAUCAUGAGGAAUAUGUUGAAUCUGAUGAUAUUAUGAUGCCAAAUAAUGCUUCCAAGAGAACUUUAACUUCUCUUUACCUUACUUUACAACAAUAGGGUAUUAAUGCUUAAACUAUUAAGGAUAAUAUAAGUCGUACUUGCGCGAGAGCAUUUUCAGUCUAUGGUCCGAUGAUUGAACAUGGAAUCAUUGAAGCAAAUAAUUUGAAGCCUAUUAAUGGGAAAUACUUUCAGAUUUUAGGUUUUGACUUGCUUAUUGAUGAGAAUUUGAAUGCCCAUUUAUUGGAAAUAAAUGACCAUCCCUCUCUUAACAUCUUCCUAGAGAAGGAUUACAUGGGAGGAGGUAUGGGUAAAAGUCUCUCGACUGUGGACUUAUAUGUCAAGAAAACAAUAGUCGGUGACACUAUCAAGCUGACAAAGAAAUCUGAUGAGGCAUUGAAUGAGACAACUUAGUUUAGAUCGCUGAAUAGAAUUCUUCCAUUAGAGGAGCCUGAGGCAGCAGAAGUUUAGGAGACGAUUAAUAAAUUUAGGGAAUUAUAUUACUAGUUAGCCCCUGUAAAGUCCAAGGUGAACAUGAGUUCCUCGAACUUUGAAAAAAUACUCACAAAAUCUGAACUUAAAUUUGACUAGCUUGGAAUCUCAAAUAUCGAUCUUAGUUUAUUAUUUUAAAAGCAAAGUGGGGGUAAGAAGUCUAUAAAUUUCUAAGAGUUCUUCUGGCUAAUGAUUGGCCUCAAAGAUAUGCUUGAAAAGAAAAGAAUAAUUGACAAUUCUCAACUUUAAGCUGAGAGAAGCUUAGAAUAAAAAUGGUAAGGAUCUUCAGAUGAAGCUUCAGUCGAAAAUAUGAAUGAAAGAGAUCUCUCAAUUAGAGACAUAUUCGGUAAAAAAAGUUAUAGAUUAAUCAGAUUAUUAGGGCAUAUAUUGAACUUUUUGGAUUUUGAUCAUAAAAAUGAUAAAAAUAAAAAUGGAUGGAAACUGUUCACCUCUACUAAAUAAUCUGACAAGCUCAAUCAAUUCAUUAAGUCUACAAGCGACAAGUCGAAGUGGCAGCAAGUGCUGGGAUGGAAUCCAGAUUACGAUGAUGAUAUCCUCGACUUUUUGGAUUUGGAUGAGAAUAGCAAUUACCAGUCAGAUGAUGAUUAUGAGAAGCAUUCUAAGAAGUAAAAAAAGAAGCAAGCAAAAAAGUAGGCGCCUUAGUUAAUAGACAUUAAGUAUAACUGGGACUAUGAUGGGUAGACAGACUACUGGAGUGAACAUCAAAAACUCUUCUAAUCUGAUAAUUUAGAAGAUUGCAAAAAUUUCAACAAAGAUUAGACCUUAUCUAUUUCAACCAUUGCUCAAAAGAUUUUCGAUCGAGCAAAGAAACUAGCUUUCGACUGCAAAUUAGACGAUAUUAUCCUGGGCGGAUUUGGCAAGAUAAGGAUUCUGAAGGCCGAUGAUGAAGAUGAGAAAACCUAUGAGGACUGCCCAGAUCCUUACUUCAAAAAUUCAAAGAAAGUUUGCUAAUCUUGUCCAACUGGAUGUGAUAGAUGCAAAUAACUUGAUUUCUGCCAAAAAUGCGAAGGCAACUUUACUUUGAUUUAUGGUAAAGAUUUUGGAUAUUGCUUCCCUGAUUGUCCAAAGGAGUAUUACAUUAGGACUAAGUAUGACAAUCAAGAGAGCUAUCUCAAUAAAAAUUAGAUAUCAAGCAAGUACAAAUCCUAUACCCCAACAAUGAUGGUAAGUUAAUGCGUGAAGUGCCCCUUCGGUUGUGGAGACUGUCUCUUUGAUGAAAUUACCUAUCAACCCUUUUGUUAUUCCUGCCUUAAAGGAUUCUAAUUCAAUCAGUCAACUGGCUAUUGCGAUGUAAUUCCCUGUAAAGCUGGCUAGUAUCGUCCUAAGCCUCUUAAUAGCACUGUCUAUGUUUCCUUGGAUACAAAUUAUGAUGAUUACUUAUGUUAAGCUUGCACUCCUGGAUGCAUAAACUGCUAAAACAAUACUUCUUGUAAUCAAUGUGAUAACCACUUUUUACUCUACUAGAAGAAGAAUACAUACAAUAGUUCUUGUAUAGAAUGCCAACCAUACUGUAAAACUUGCAACUACAUUAGUACUACUCAAACUUCAAAUGCUACUAAAUGCUUUACUUGCAUAGAUAAGUUCUUCUUGAACAAGACAGAUCAGUGUGAGCUGAAUAGAACCUGUGCCAAAGGUCAGUGGUUUAAUGAUGUGACACUUUAAUGCUAGCAAUGCCCCACAGAUUGUCUAACUUGCUAGCAAGGCAUAAAAAACGGGACAGUUGUCUGUACUAGUUGUACUAACCAAACUGAGCUCAACUCAAAUACAUCUCUAUGCCAGGAUAGGUGCAAUUACUCUUCAAACUUUUACUAAUUCAGCAGCAAAACCUGUGUCAAAUGCCCAGAUGGUAAAUAUCCAGACAUAAGCAGCCAAGUUUGCAGCAACUGCCCUAACUACUGCCCCACAUGCUCAUGGAAUAAGAAGGUGCCGCAAGUUGAAUGUGAUACUUGCACUAAUGAAAGUUACUAUGAUAAGAGUUAUAAGAGGUGUAGAGUCAAUUGCAAUGAGACAUCCUAUUUCAACUAUUUCUAUGGAUAAUGUAUUGAUUGUGGAAAAGGAAAGUUCCUCAAUAUCACUUCUUCAACAUGCUAAGUGUGCCCAGCAAACUGCACAAGUUGUAUUUACAGUAAGUCUAGCAAGAGAGUAGAAUGUGACAGCUGCAAUGGAACUAAUGUUAUUGAUUAUUCAACUAAGAGAUGCAGAAAAUAAUGUCCAGCUUCACAAUAUUACGAGUGGGCUAAUGACACCUGUAGGAAUUGCUCAUCUGGAACUUAUAUCAACAAGACUACUCAAACUUGCAACUCUUGUCCCUCUGGAUGUAAAGCAUGCUUAUACAAUGAAACUUCUCUCAGAGUAGAGUGCAGCACAUGUGAUACUUUUAAAGUUAUAGAUGCAGAUAGAAAGUAGUGCAGACCUUAGUGUUAUAAUGGUCAAAAUUAUUAUUGGGACGUAGGCCAAUGCAGAUACUGUCCACCAUUCUUUUUAUAGAACUCUUAAACAAAGAAAUGUGAAGAGUGUCCUUUUGGCUGUGUUGACUGUUUCCCUUUCAAAUCUGGAAAAUAUUGCACUAAUUGUGACACUGACAUGAUCCUCUCUUUCCCUGAGUGGAAAUGUAAGCUGAAAUGUGAAAAUGAAACUGUAUUCUCAUAUGAAACAAAUAAAUGCGAAAGAUGUCCCGCUGGCUAGUAUUAUGAUAGCUUUUACAAUGGCUGCAAAGCAUGUACUUCCAACUGCUUGUCUUGCUCUAAAGCAUUUUGGUACAGCUCUCAACCAGAUUGCAGUCUUUGUAAGACAGGCUAUGUCUUAGACAAAGAUAAAUAACAGUGUAAGCCUGUCUGCCCAGCUAAUUACUAAUAUUCAUGGGCAAACUCUUCUUGUGUACCUUGUGGAAGUGGAAAAUACUACAACAGCACCAGUUAAUCAUGCUAAAUCUGUAGUUCUGAAUGUAAAGAAUGUAUAAUGGACUCAAAUCUUAAUAAAGUUAAUUGUACCUCCUGCAUUAGUGGAAUUCUUGACAGCACCUAUGGAAAAUGCAGACCUAAUUGUGAUAUUAAUUCAUAUUAUGAUUGGACUUCUAGUUCUUGCUAGCAAUGUCCAUCUGCUAAAUUUUAUGAAAAUGUUACUUAAACAUGCUAAAAUUGCCCAGACAACUGUUCUGCAUGUAAAAAGAAUCCUGAAACAGAAAAAGUGCAAUGUUAAGAAUGCUAGAAUAACUGGGUGCUGGAUGAGACUUACCAACUUUGUAAACCAAUCUGCCCUAACAAUUACAAUUAUGAUUUUGGCCUGAAAAAAUGCAUGAACUGCACACAAGGCUAAUACUUCUCCUCCUAAAAGUAGCAAUGCUUAAGCUGUCCCUCAUUCUGUGAUUCUUGUGAUUACAAUACUACUUCAAAGGCUACUUAGUGCGCUACUUGCUAGUCUGGGUCAUUCUUAGAUCAAGCGAAGAAAUUGUGCAGACCUACUUGCAACACUACCAGCUAUUUUGAUUGGACUUCAAUGAAAUGCAUCAAUUGUAAUUCAGACCAAUAUUUGAAUAAAGCUUCAGAGAAGUGUACAAAUUGCCCUUCUAACUGCUCAACUUGCUCAUUUAAUAGCUAAACUAAUGUUGUAGAAUGUUAAUCUUGUAAGAGUAGUUAUGUCUUAGACCAAGAGAGGCUAACUUGCAGAGUUAAUUGUAACUCAACCUCAUUUUAUGAUUGGAAUACAUAGCAAUGCAAAAAUUGCCUUGCUAAUGAAUUCUUAAAUGCAGAUAUUUAAAGAUGCCAAAGCUGUCCUACUGGAUGUGCAAGCUGUUCCGAAAACCAGCAAGCCAAAUCUAUCACAUGUUAAACAUGUGCUGGUGGAUAUAAUCUCGACCCAUCAAAGAAUCUCUGUAGACUAAACUGCAAUUCUUCAGCAUAUUUCGAUUGGGAUCAGAAUUAAUGUGUGAAUUGUCAAAGUAAUUAGUACCUUGAUGCAUCGUCUUAAAUUUGCAAGGCUUGUACAACAAAUUGUACAAGUUGCAAAUAGCAAUCAGAUGGAAAAAUUGCUUGCCAAUCAUGCUCCUCAGGAAGUCAAUUAGAUUCUAGCAAUAAUUAAUGCAGAGUAUCAUGCAACUCAAAUUAGUACUAUAAUACCAAUACAAAGCAAUGUGCGUCUUGCUCUGUUGGCUAAUGGCUUGAUACUGAUUUGUAGCAAUGUUAAUCUUGUCCAUAGGGGUGCUAUUUAUGCGCAACUAAUUCCUCUAAUUUGCCUGAAUGUACCAAUUGUCUAUCUGGACUAAUAUUAGAUUCAUAGAUGAAAAGAUGCAGAAAAUAAUGCACAAUUGGGUAAUAUUAUGAUUGGAUUGCUUAGGAUUGCUUAGCCUGCUCAAGUGGCUGCAAUACCUGUUCUAGUUCUAGUCAAUGUACAGAAUGCUAAGAGCAAUUCAAUCUUGUCUCAGAGGUAUGCUCUUAUAAAUGUACUUCAUCAUAAGUCUGGAAUUCUAACACCAAAAAAUGCGACAACCUAGUUUCAGGUGCAAUCAGAGUAAUACCCUCAGCUACUACCAUGAUAAAAUGCAGAAACUAUACUGUCACGGUAAGUCUAACAUCUGGAUUAGUUGCCAGCUCCUUGAGUUCAGUCUAAUGGUCUUAUACUAAUGACCUAAAAAAAGCUGGUGAUUAUGUUACUCAGUUUGAGUAGUAUCUUUCAUCAGCCACCUCUUCAAAAUCUUUGACACUAACUUUGCCCAAUACCUUCACAGAAACUGUUACUUCUCAAUUUAAUGUCACAAUCUCAGUCACAGUAACUGGAUAGAAUGGCUCAACUGGAACCAAUACGACUAAAUUCGUUAUCUUUCCAUUUUAGCUCACAUCAAUUGUUGGCUAUAGUACCAGCUAUACCAUAGAUGGCAGCAUUGGCAUAUAGAUUCCAACCUAGUUCUAUUAUAGUGAGUGCUAGGCCAAAGGACCUUUUGAUAUUCCUUCAACAAUAAAUAUUGGAUGUAUGCUUUAUGAUAGCAAGAGUAACUAUAUAAAGGAUUUGAGUAAAUGCUUGAUCAAGCCAUCAGAUACAACUAAUGGUCUCACUUACUCUGUAAAAUAUUACUACCUUCCGCAUGCCUAUCAAUCAGCCUUAAGAGAUACUAUCACAAUAAACACUAUAGUUUAACAGUCGUCGUGUUCUAUCGCGGGAUCUAGUUUAAUUACUGUUACUUAAUCUGAUACUCUAUCAUUUACAGUAACUGUAUAAAAUCAACGCAGUUCAUUUGUGUACAAGUGGUAGUGCCAGCCACUAACAGCUGGAGCUGUUUGUGGCAUUCAAUCAACUACACAAAAUAAUGGAGAUUUAAGCAUCCCUGCUUCAGCUUUUACAGCAAAUGCACGAUAUUUAUUCACUUUGACUAUCACAGAUAAUUCAGUUAAUUAAGCAACUUGCUCUGCCAAUGUCUAAGUUGACCCUGGUAAUGUUUAGUCAAUGGUCAAACUCUUCUCUUCUGUAUCUCCAUCAUCUAGUGAUACUGAAGCUGUAACCAAUAGCUAUAUUGAUCCAAGUGUAGACAAUAACAUCUAUUGUUAGGCCGAUGGAACAGCAAAUUCAAUUAAAUAUUCAAUUGUUCUAAAUAAAGUGUUGGCUAAUGAAUCAAGGCAAAAAGUUACAUCUGGCAUAAAAAUAUCAGGAAAUAUUUUAGUAAUCUAAAAGAACUCCUUAAUGACAGAUUCGUAUUAUGAGGUUAACUGUACAGCGACUGUGUCUGGCAAAGUCAAAACGGCAUAUCAGGCUUUCAAUACUAUAUCAAUUCUUGAUUCAAUCUUAGACUUUAGCAUCACUCCCACUACAGGUACUAGUCUCGUAACUACCUAUGAACUUUAAAUUACUAAACAGAAGGGAGAUACUUUGUGGUGCUUAUUUGGCUAUAAUUUAAGUGAAUCAGUAAAGUACUUAGAAUCAGUUGGACAAGGAGCAUUCAAUAAUCACAAGAUGGUUGUUAAGUGUAGCAAUUCAGUUGGUCAAUAUGCAUUAGCCUAUUAUGAUAUAGUAAUUAAGAAGCAAGGAAAUGGUCUUGGCGUAUCUAAAUUCGUAUCAAGCAGUCAAGCUAUUGUAACUACUAAUAAUGUAGUCUUUGAAGAGAUACAAGACUCUUUCCAGCAGUACUCAUAGUUAGGAGAAGGUUAGCUAUUAGUAAGUGAGAGAGUUGAGUUCUAAGAAAAUCUCCUUUAACAAUUGUAAAAGAUUGUAGGAAAGCUGACUAUGAAAUAAAUAGUGCAAGCAGUACAUAUAAUAACAGACAUAUGGAAUGAAAUAAAGGGCGAAACUGCAUUACCCUAGUUCCAAUCCUUGGUAAAGGAUCUUGUCUAAACAUGCAUAAACUUAUUGAAUGAAUCACUUGAAGACAACUAAGUUAGAGUCCUUGAUUAAGAUGAUUUUCUGCCUAUUAUUGGAAUAUUUGAUGAGAUCUUAAGCAACUAUAAAUAGAUAUGCGAUAGUGCUCAGCUUAUAUAGCCCAUACUGUAAUCUAUCUCUAUGGGAGCAGUAAGAAUAACUUCAAACCUACUUCCAGACACAGAAUAAUUCAAGGCUUCAGGAUAAAACUUUGCUAUUUAUGUUGCUAAAAAGAGCAACAAUCAGCUUUUAAUCUAAAAGAAUAACAAAUCUGCUGAAAAUCUAUAUGCUUUCUAAGUGAAGAAUCUAUCAUUAGAUUCAGAUUAAAGACCAUUUAUUAUGCAAAUGCCUUACAACUUGGCAAUGACUUAGUACGACUAUACAAUUCUCACAUUUAUUGUGUUUAAUAAGAAUCUAAACUAUAAUACUCUUGGACAAUCCUACAUGAGUGAUAUCAUUUCAGUUAAUGCAUUCUACUCUGGUUCCCCUAUUUCUAUUGGACAAAUCUACUAAUUAGGAGAAAUAGUAGUUGAAAAUCUAGCAGAUCCUAUAAAUCUAUUCAUGCCUUAUAAAUUAGAUAGUGAUGACGAUUUAGAACAAGCACAAUGUGGCUAUCUAAAUGAGACUAAAAAGGAAUGGAUUCCAUUAAAUUGUGUAGAACAUGAUAAGAUUCAAACAUAAACUAUUUUAGGUGAUGAUAGUAGUAGUUACAAGAUAUGCUGUUCAACCCAUUUAACAAUGUUUGGAGUUAUUCAUGAUAGAGAAUAUAUAGCUUUACAAUAAAAGGCUUUCAGAUAGAGAAUCUAUUCACUGAUUCCUUCAUUCCUGCUUUAUUUCGCCUUUGGCCUAAGUGUGAUCCUUGCUAAGAAAAGAGCAUUGAAGUAGAAUAGUGCUAAAAAAGCCCAAACUGAGCAAGAAAAAGAUAGUGAAUCUUAAACUAAUAGAACACUUUCAAGGUCUGAUUGUAUAUCUAAAUCUAACUCAGGUAGAGGUUAAGUUACUUCUCCUAAUAAUAAACUCAAUGAUCAAUCAGCUAUCAAUCACACCUAGAACGAUUUAGAUAUAAAUGAUAAAAUUUUGUAAGAUUCUAUAGACAAUAGAAAACCUGGUAAGGAACCUCUAAAAUAAAAAUUAUAAGGCCCAACAGCAGUAAGUAGCAUUGAUGAGAUCAAGGGCUGCAAAUGCUUAUACAGAUACAAAAAACAUAGUAAAAUAAACAAAAUGUUCUUUGAUCCUACUCAUGAUUAGAAUAUCUUCAUCUCUAUAUUUGACAAAAUAGUUUUGACUAAUCUACUCCUUCUAGCAUAUACUCAUACUAUAAUAAUCGCAUACUACGUAAGCUUAUUUCUACAACUAAUAUAUCUAUAGGCUAAAUCCCUUGAUAUCAUACUGAUAUCAUCAUAUUUGAUACAAUUGCUCUUGACUAUAUUGUUUAAAUAAUGCCAAGGACUUAUCAAGGAUGCUACAGCGAUAAUACAUGCAUGCUUUGCAUUAAACUUGCUAUUUGCUUUUGUCCAAUGCAUUAUUCUAGCACGAGUUUCUGAUAAUUUAACAGAGACUAAUUUCAGAUAUUGGGCUCUUAGCUCAACGCUUAGCUUAUUUAUUAGUUGCACAGUGGAAGACUUCUUCUUCAUUCCACUAUAUUAUAGAGUUACAAAAAUAUUAGCCAGGAAGCUUAAGAUAUGA